CGUCUACCGGCGAGACAUCAGCUCUGCGAGUCUUUCAUGUGAGAUUAAUUGAUGUAUAAUUAAUACCCUGUGGUGCUGGGCAGAGCGUUAUGGCUCAGACGCUGCAGAUGGCGAUCCCUAACUUUGGCAACAACAUCCUGGAGUGUCUGAACGAACAGCGGCUGCAGGGCCUCUACUGCGAUGUCUCCGUGGUCGUCAAGGGACAUGCCUUUAAGGCGCACCGCGCGGUGCUGGCAGCCAGCAGCUCCUACUUCCGGGAUCUGUUCAACGCCGGGGGGAAGAGCUCGGUGGUGGAGCUGCCCCCGGCCGUGCAGCCGCAGAGCUUCCAGCAGAUCCUGGCCUUCUGCUACACAGGACGCCUCAGCAUGAACGUUGGGGACCAGUUCCUGCUCAUGUACACCGCUGGAUUCCUCCAGAUCCAACAGAUCAUGGAGAAAGGCACAGAGUUUUUCCUCAAGGUCUCAUCUCCAAGCUGUGACUCCCAGGGUCUCCACACUGAGGAAACUCCGCCCUCCGAGCCUCAGAGCCCUGUCACUCAAACAAUGGGGGGCGGGGGAGUCGGUGUCGUUGCCCCAGCCGUGGGGAGGCCUGCCUCUUGUCUGACGCCCCUCCCCCUGGUGUCAAAGGUGAAGACAGAACAGGCGGCGUCCACACCUCAGCCCACUCCUCAGCAGCAGCAGGAGGGCUCUCCCUACUCGGUGGUCUGCACCCCCGUGGCCAAACGGCUUUGGGAGGGGGGCAACCGUGACAGCGGAGGGGGGUCUGGAGGAGGCGGAGGGGGUGGGAUGAGGAAGGCCGCACGCUACUCUUCCUCCUCGUCUUCAUCCUCCUCCUCCAACAACACUAACCAGGAUGCCUCUGGGCGCGGACCUGCAGCCAACACUGCCAUGGUGGGCGGCGGCAGCAGCGGCGGCAUCGCCACUUCAAUGGGAGGAACCGGAGUCAACAGUAACCACAACAACAAUAACAACAACGGCGGGACCCCUGAAGGCACCAGCCCGGGCACACUGAGCAUGUACACCAGCGACUCGCCCAUCAGCUACCACGACGAUGAGGAAGAGGACGACGUGGCGGAUGAGAGCGCCGAAGAGCAGUACAGACAGAUCUGCAACAUGUACACCAUGUACAGCAUGCUGAACGCCGGAGCGGCAGUGGUCGGGGAGCGGGUUGAGGCUCUUCCGGACUUGGCCCCUGAUUCCGGCGGCGGUCGAGGGGGCAGAGGGGCGCGGUCCCGGCAGGACCUGGCGUCGCUGCCCGCUGAGCUCAUCAGCCAGAUCGGGAACCGCUGCCACCCAAAGAUGUACGAAGAGGGCGACCCAGCUGAGAAGCUGGAGCUGGUCAGCGGCACCUCUGUGUACAUCUCCCGCGCCCAGCUCAUGAACUGCCACGUCAGCGCCGGCACCCGCCACAAAGUACUGCUCAGACGCCUGCUGGCUGCGUUCUUUGACAGGAGCACUCUUGCUAACAGCUGUGGAACCGGCAUCCGCUCUUCAACCAACGACCCCAGCCGUAAACCUCUGGACAACAGAGUGCUGCAUGCUGUCAAAUUUUACUGCCAGAACUUCGCGCCGAGCUUCAAGGAGAGCGAGAUGAACGCCAUCGCGGCUGACAUGUGCACCAACGCGCGUCGCGUUGUCCGCAAGAGCUGGAUCCCCAAGCUUAAACUGCUGAUGGCUGACAGCGACGCCUACUCCGCCUUCCUGGCCGACAGCGUGAAGAUGGAGGCUGACGCACUCGGGGCGGAGCAAGCCUUCGACCCCACCUCCCUGGAAGCGGUGGCGGCAGCAGCGGCAGCAGCCGCCAACCACAACGAAGCAGGAGGCGGAGCCACGCAAGCAGACACCCUCCAGGGGGCGGGAGGAGACGGCAGCACUUUGUUUUGAGUGAGUGUACGGACAGAUAGAUGAGUGGACAGAUGGACAGAUUUGGUGGAGGGAGGGAUGGCAUUUCUCUGGGGGGGUGAUGAGUAGAGAAUGGUGGCCGCUGUGGUCGUGAUGACAGUUGUCACUCCUCCCCUCGCCGCCGUGUGUUUGGGGGGAUCUGUUUC